UGGACGGAACUGGAGGCUUCUUCAACAGCGACAAAAGGCUUCUGAUUCAACCAACGUGGUGAUUUGCUAGCGAACCUAAAACCGAAACAUUGAAGCGCUUUAGACCAAUCUUGUGUAUAUUAUUCUUAGUGUUUUAAACACAAUUCUGUUUACAUAUCUACUAGUUCAUUGAAACCUAGAUUGCUUGUUAAAUUAGCUAAUGUGUUAAAUUGAUACUGCACUAGGCUAAUCGCCCGGAACAUGAGCUCACUAAUCUCGACGGAGAAAGAAGCUCUGGUGAAAGGAGAGGAAGAAGCUUUCAGGAUGAAAAGGGAGGAAGAGGAGGCUAUCUCAUUGAAAGAAGAAGAGGAUGAUAUUACAGUGAAAGGCGAAGAUGGGAGAGAGGUUGUCAAAGUGGAAGAGGAGGAGGUAGAAGCUUUCAGAAUCAGAAAGGAGGAAGAUGCCGUAACAUUGAAAGAAGAGGAAGAACCUUUUGGAGUAAAAGAGGAAGAGGAGGCUAUCUCAAUUAAAGAGGAGAAAUACGUUUUGCGAGUGAAAAAGGAGCCUGAAGAGUCGAUUAAGACCAGAGAGAGACAUGACUUUCGUGGAUCCUCUGGGGAGCCUCAACAACAUCCUGAUGCUGACGAGGCAGAGAAGAGUCUCUCCAGAUCAGACCACCAGAUGGACAACGCUAGCCCUUCCUCCCUCCCGGAGUCCCCAUGUCAUGCCUCUCCCGGUAGCACCUUACUGCUGGGUAUGAAGAGGUUGUCUGUGCUGCUGGUGGACUGCAGGAAAACAACGGGGCUGAGUGGAACUGUGAGAGGAGGAGAAGAGAAGAAAGGAUCAGAUUUGACUCAUCAAAGAGAAAGACCAGACUCAGAGGAACCAGAGCCAGGGACGUCCAAACCAACAAGAAGACACCAGUGUUCCCACUGUGGCAAGUGUUUUAAACAGUUAGGGAACCUGAAAAGACACGAGAGAAUGCACACAGGGGAGAAGCCUUACCACUGCUUCCAGUGUGGAAAGAGUUUUAACGAUUUAGGGAACCUGAAAAAACAUGAGAGAAUACACACAGGGGAGAAGCCUUACCAUUGCUCCCAGUGUGGAAAGUGUUUCAACCGGCCGGGGGCUCUGAAACGGCAUGAGAGAAUACACACAGUGGAGAAGUCUUACCACUGCUCCCAGUGUGGAAAGAGUUUUAACGAUUUAGGGAACCUGAAAAAACAUGAGCGAAUACACACAGGGGAGAAGCCUUACCACUGCUCCCCGUGUGGAAAGAGUUUUAGCGAUAUAGGGAACCUGAAAAGACACGAGAGAAUGCACACAGGGAAGAAGCCCUACCAUUGCUCCCAAUGUGGAAUGAGUUUCAACCAGCUGGGGGAGCUGAAAUGGCAUGAGAGAAUACACACAGGGGAGAAGCCUUACCAUUGCUCCCAAUGUGGAAAGUGUUUCAACCGGCCGGGGGUUCUGAAACGGCAUGAGAGAAUACACACAGUGGAGAAGCCUUACCACUGCUCCCAGUGUGGAAAGAGUUUUAACGAUUUAGGGAACCUGAAAAAACAUGAGAGAAUACACACAGGGGAGAAGCCUUACCACUGCUCCCAGUGCGGAAAUAGUUUUAACGAUUUAGGGAACCUGAAAAGACACGAGAGAAUACACACAGGGGAGAAGCCUUACCACUGCUCCCUGUGUGGAAAGAGUUUUAUCGAUAUAGGGAACCUGAGAAGACACGAGAGAAUGCACACAGGGCUUACCAUUGCUCCCAAUGACAACGCUAGCCCUUCCUCCCUCCCGGAGUCCCCAUGUCGUGCCUCUCCCGGUAGCGCCUUACUGCUGGGUAUGAAGAGGUUGUCUGUGCUGCUGGUGGACUGCAGGAAAACAACGGGGCUGAGUGUAACUGUGAGAGGAGGAGAAGAGAAGAAAGGAUCAGAUUUGACACAUCAAAGAGAAAGACCAGACUCAGAGGAACCAGAGCCAGGGAUGUCCAAACCAGCAAGACGACACCAGUGCUCCCACUGUGGAAAGGGAUGGAACCGAUUAUGGGACCUGAAACGACACAAGAGAAUACACACAGGGGAGAAGCCUUACCACUGCUCCCAGUGUGGAAAGCGGUUUAACCAGAAAGGUAAUCUGAAUGAACAUGAGAGAAUACACAGAGGGGAGAAGCCUUACCACUGCUCCCAGUGUGGAAAGUGUUUUAAACAGUCAGGGGAGCUGAAACGGCAUGAGAGAAUACACACAGGGGAGAAGCCUUACCAAUGCUCCCAGUGUGGAAAGGGAUGGAACCGAUUAUGGGACCUGAAACAACACAAGAGAAUACACACAGGGGAGAAGCCUUACCAAUGCUCCCAGUGUGGAAAGAGUUUUAACGAUUUACGGAACCUGAAUCGACACGAGAGAAUACACACAGGGGAGAAGCCUUACCACUGCUCCCAGUGUGGAAAGUGUUUUAAACAGCCAGGGGAGCUGAAACGGCAUGAGAGAAUACACACAGGGGAGAAGCCUUACCACUGCUCCCAGUGUGCAAAGGGUUUUAACAAUUUAGGGAACCUGAAUCGACACGAGAGAAUACACACAGGGGAGAAGCCUUACCACUGCUCCCAGUGUGGAAAGCGGUUUAGCCGGAAAGGUUAUCUGAAUGAACAUGAGAGAAUACACAGAGGGGAGAAGCCUUACCACUGCUCCCAGUGUGGAAAGUGUUUCAACCAGCCGGGGGAGCUGAAAUGGCAUGAGAGAAUACACACAGGGGACUUGCUGUCUUAUAUUGUUGACUGAUAAUGAUUACCUGUUUUUACCAUAUGAACUUGAAUUGUACAAAGUAUACUAAAACAUAUAUUUGUAUGUUUUUAUUAGAAAACAUGAAUUGAAUAUGGAGUUUGAAUAUGGAGUUUGAAUAUAGAGUUGGUCAGAUUCCUUCUGUUUUAAAUGGUUCGUUUUUAAACUCUAACACUGUGUGUGUGUUUAUCUGUGUGUCAUUCCUCCAGCACUGCAGAUAAUCAAGUGAUAUUUGGAUGUGAUGCAUUUGUUCCGUUGUUUACAUUUGCAAUGUUGGCCCACUGAUGAUUUAAUGAAAUGAAAAUGUUCACAGACUCUGUAAUGCAAAAUGUUAAUUGUAUGUGUCCACAUAUCUGAGUAUGUGACUAACCUUGUGAAACUGUCCUAUUAUAAUCUGGUGGAUGAAUCAGAAUUAGUUGGGUAACAUAGAUAAUUAAGAUCUCUUAUCUGCAUAAUAUGCUGAUGUGAUAUACUUGUUAUUAGAAUGAAUCCGUUCGGACUCUGGUGUUGGCAGUUGCACUUCUUCCCUCAGCUGGGGCUCAGUCACCUGGGGCCCAGAGAGGGGAGAGGUCAGGCUUGUCUUUUACAUGUCCCUGGUGCUAUGCAGAAUAUCAGGAAGGGAAGAGGACAGGAGGGAACAUUGUCUUCAAAUGUGAAUGUAUCUGUUAAACUAUGUGAAGGGAUGGUGUGAUUUAUGGGGAACCACUUACUGGUUUCCACAAUGUCUGUGCGCAAGUCACUCCCUCCUUUGGCAUUGGGGGGAGGUGUAUGGCAGUGUCUGGAACCAUUGUAUGUCCUCUCUGAUGUUGCACUUAUCCUGGGAUAGUGUAUGACCUAGAGGCUCACUCCCCUCAGUGAGCGUGUCCAGGAGUGGGGUCAAGAAGGGGUUUUACUUGAGAUGGGGGUAUCUAGAGUUGACAAUUGAGUUAUGCCAUUGGAUGAGUUGGUGUUUUUGUGCUAUGAAGUACCAGGAACGAGAUUAGAACCUCGUCUUAGGGACCAAACUGAAUGAUAAAUUAUAGCGAAUGCUAUCUGGCUACGGGAAACUCCUUUCUCAUUAUAAAGUCUCACUUUGUGAACUGUUCCUAAUAUCUGUGGUUUGUUAUGUCGACUAGGGGGGUGGAUCUUUGCUAUAAAAGAUCUCAGUAGCCAUUGUGUUGCCACUCUCAACGGUUCAUUAGAAAUAGUGAAUUGUUGAAAGUCAUUGCAAAGAUCUUAUUAUUAAAGAUGUAGUUUAAGUAUAACUCUGAUUGGUGUGUGAAGUUUUUAAGUAUAACUCUGAUUGGUGUGUGAACUUUGUCUCUCCACAUUUGGUAAUACAGAAAUUAACCACCACAGACUAACCUUGUGAAACUGACCUAUUAUAAUCUCCUGCUCCUGGGAGUAUCAUCCUGCGUUGCAAACCAGCUGCACCUGCAUCCUUGUAUGAAUAGAGUCCCUCCCAGGAACAGGAAACUAUAAAGAAAUGUGCUCAUCACCCAAUGCUUCAGGAAUUCAAACUGUCUACACUGCGCUGUGUAACUCUGUUAUUCUCUCUGAGCUCAGAAAUAAAGAAUCUUGGUUUGA